AAAAAAAAAAAAACCAACCGAAGGGAAAAUGUCGUGAAGCGCGGCGGCGGGGCCUGCGGCGGAGAGAGUAAUCAGGCCCGGCUCUCCGCACCUGGAUGCCCCGUCCCCCGGCGGCCGCCUCCCCCUCCUGCUCCAUGUGGGGCGCGGGCCGGGCUUUCGGCCUCUCCUCCUCCUCCUCUUCUUCCUCCUCCUCCUCCUCCUUCUACUAUGGCCCGGAAAACAGUUAGCAGGAAGCGGAAAGCGGCGGCAGCCGCCGCCGCGGGACCCGGGGGGCUCCAGGGGGAGCAGUAUGGGUGGGAUCACUCGGUUCACAAAAGGAAAAGACUGUCCCCGGUGAAAAGGUCUCUGGUGUACUACCUGAAAGGUAGAGAGGUCAGGACGCAGAAUGAGGCCAGCUAUCACCGCUUGUUGCAUGGAUACGCAGCCCAGCAUCUUCCCAGCCUCCUGAAGGAGAGAGAAUUUCACCUUGGAACCCUUAAUAAAGUGUUUGCCUCCCAGUGGCUGAACCACCAGCAAGUGGUGUGUGGGACAAAAUGCAACACAUUAUUUGUAGUAGAUGUCCAGACUGGUCAAAUUACCAAGAUUCCUAUUCUGAAAGAUCGUGAACCUGGUAUGGUGAACCAGCAGGGAUGUGGUAUUCAUGCUAUUGAGCUCAACCCCUCGAGGACCCUUCUGGCCACAGGUGGAGACAACCCCAACAGUCUUGCAAUUUAUCGUCUGCCUACACUCGAUCCUGUCUGUGUGGGAGAUGAUGGACAUAAAGAUUGGAUAUUUUCAAUUGCAUGGAUCAGUGAUACUAUGGCUGUUUCUGGUUCCCGGGAUGGUUCAAUGGGACUUUGGGAAGUAACAGAGGAUGUGUUGUCCAAAAGCGAUGCCAGGCAUAAUCUCUCUCAAGUUCCUGUCUAUGCCCACAUAACACACAGGGCUCUGAAGGAUAUCCCCAAGGAGAACACCAAUCCUGACAACUGCAAAGUCCGAGCAUUGGCUUUCAACAAUAAGAACAAGGAGCUGGGAGCUGUGUCCCUAGAUGGAUAUUUUCAUCUCUGGAAAGCAGAGCACACACUGUCGAAGUUACUUUCCACAAAGUUGCCAUACUGCAGGGAGAACGUGUGUUUGGCGUAUGGUCAGGAGUGGUCAGUCUAUGCAGUAGGAUCACAGGCACACGUCUCCUUUCUGGAUCCCAGGCAGCCUUCGUAUAAUGUGAAAUCAGUGUGUUCCAAAGAACGAGGCAGUGGUAUUCGAUCGGUGAGCUUCUACGAGCACAUCAUCACAGUGGGAACGGGGCAAGGUUCCUUACUGUUUUACGAUAUCAGAGCCCAGAGGUUCCUGGAUGAAAAGGCCACACAUGCCUGCUAUGGACAGAGGCAGAAACCAGGAGGAAGUGAAAUUUUGAAGCUGACUACUGGGAAAGGCUGGCUGAACCAUGAUGAAACCUGGAGGAAUUAUUUUUCUGACAUAAGUUUCUUCCCAAAUGCUGUUUACACCCACUGCUACGACUCGUCUGGAAUGAAACUCUUUGUGGCAGGAGGCCCUCUUCCAUCAGGACUUCAUGGGAAUUACGCUGGUCUCUGGAGCUAAUGAUAACUCUUUAUGAAUGCUGAUCUUUACACAGAUUUCCACUUUUCUUUUCCUUUUUUUAACAACAAAAUUGUGUGAUGCCAUUGGUUUCUGAUUUAAAUGCAAGUUAUUUUUUGGCAGAGUUUCUGUUGGUCUCCAACAGUUUUGUACAUCUUUUUGAACCAGUUUUUUGCUUUAACCUCCUUGAUCCUUUAUAUGAUGGGUUUUUUAAUGCCCUCUUUAUUGUAUUUACUCCAGAUGACUGUUCCCCACAUUUAGGCUAUCUUGGCCAUGUGCCCCCUCCCCUACUUUGCUGUGAGGUAGGAUUCCUUCCUUAAAAAGUGGUUGCUCCCAGGCUUUCUGUGAAAGUCUAGGGGCUUUGCGUCAGUUACAUUACCUGGAGUGAGGACUACUUGUAAUUAAAAAAUAUUAAAAAUAUUUAUAAGAGAUAAGCUACUACUUUAUCUGCAGAGCCUGGCCCUGGCCUGGGUUGAUCUUAUUUUUUAAAAGUACAAGUCUAAUGACACUGUUUAUACAUAGAGGAAUAUGGUAAUUUUAAGCUGUACUCAUCAGAGCCCAGGGAUGGAUUCCCCAGGGGUAUUGCCCAUCAAGCCCAAACUGCAGAAGUGCAGGAGUUUUCAAAAGUGCAUUUGUGUUUGAAUUGUAGUUUUCAGCAGUGCCAGGAGCAAAAAUUGUUCUCUGUUCCUUUUCUGCCUGUCCCAGGUAUCAGCUUGCACAACUGGAGUUGGUGUAGACUGUUCUGCAGCAUGGCUAUUGCAGGGGGACAUUACAUGGAGGGCCUGCAGAGGUGCUUAGAGUGAAUGGGGGCUAGGGAUGUGAGUGUUCUUGUCAUUCAAUAUGAUGAGCCAAGGUUCCUGAGUGUGCUGCUGCUGUAGCUCAUGAGUUCUUCUUAAACUGCCUAAAACCCAGGACCAUUUUUGUCCCAGGUUGUGGAAACUUUUCCCAUUUUAGCUGUUCUUGUGUGCAUCUCCUCUAAUAAGUCAAUGUAAUAAAGUGUUUUUUUUCCAAGGCUAAAGAGUGCAUCUCGGACUUAACUAUCGCAAGCUAGAAACUUUCCAUGUAGCAGGGUAAAUUGCUGUUAGCUCAUGUUGCAGUAGCACCUGCUGUCAUCCUGCUUGCUGUAGCAGAAGCUCAGUCUUUCCCCAAAUCCCCUGCUGCUUUCUGCAUUCAGACUCCCUCAAGCUUCAUGUGGGACUGGGUGGGGAGAAUAGGUCCGAUGACCUUCAGGUCCAGCUGUGAAACAUGUACAUUCCAGGGUGAUGGUCUUACCUAAUACUCAGCUAAAAUGCAGGACUCCAGGGUGCUCCUCCUAGCCUUUUGGCAGGCACCAAACUCUCAGCUUGUUACUGAUGCCUCUGUCCUGCUGGGGUGAAUGCCUUUCCCCUGCCUCUGUCACUGGUGGAGCAGAGUGUGUCUGUACCUCACUGCUUUGGUGCCAAAUGGGCAGCUGGUUGAAGCCAAGAAGAAAGACAAGGCUGGGACAUGCUCUGUUCUCCUGUCUGCUGAAGAUCACAGCCACCACUGCAGAGUAGCUCUAGUCCCUUAUGCAGUUCCUGCCAGACUGCAUAGAGCUAGUCUGCAUGUGUUCUUGUGGUCCCUCUUGUUUUUGUACUCGGUAUCUUCAUCAGUAAUGCCAAGCAGUGAGCCUCAGGCUUAAUUUCCAGUGGGUAGUGGAGGCUUGGAUGGAAAUCCUGCAAGGAAUGCAGUUCCCUUCCAUCCUGGUGGAAAUCAUGGCCAGAGAAGAGCUCUCCCAGAUGUGCACCUGUCCCAGAAGUAUAAUUUACUCACACUGAGCACUGCCAUGGGUGCUUCACAAACAGAUCUUCUUGCGGCAUUUCAUAAUUCUAUUUCCCUUGUGGGUUGGUUGCUUAAACUGAAUGAGUUCACGGCGCUGUGUGUGCGGCUGUUCAGGCUUUUCUCUGAAAAGGGGCAAAUUAUAUACCAUGGGGUAGCAAAGGAGCUCUCCAAUUUUAUGUAGAGUUGAUCAUUGUUUUUUAAAGAUGUCAUAAUGGUGCCUGCAUUGUUCUGUGAUGGCAACAUACUGCUUUGGUUAUUUUAGAAGUUUUGAGAAGUGGAAGUAUGCAGAGAAAAACAAGUGUUGGCAAAGUAUGGCAGGUUGUGUAUUUCUAGGAUUAUUCCUUCAGCUACUGUGUAAGAUCACUCUGUCGCAGGGAACGUGUUCUGCUUAGAUUUUUUUAUUUGGGCUUGGUUUGAGGUACUGCAUUUUUCUUUUUCUUUUUUUUUUUUUUUUUUUAAAAAAGAGACGAGACACUUAAGUCUCGAGUGUCCUCUAAUUCUGCUGAAACAAUAUUUACUAGUUAGGCACUUAGUGUCACCAGUGCCAAAUGAAAACUCCCGGUCUGGAAAUUCUAGCCCUGAUGGUGAUCUAUUAAUUGAAGCAUAUUCCAGAUCUGGGUGAGGGGGGCAAAAAGGGUAUUUGUGUGGACUGAGCUUCAGUCUCCAAACACAGAGGCUAAUUUUUCUGCAGUCAGUAGAGUCUCUAGGUUACUGAAGACACCCCUGGAAAGUGUCCCUCUGUGCUGACUCUGAUCUCCCUGAGUACCUCAAUGUGUGGUCCUAAAGCCUGGUAGUGUGAGUGCCCUUCUCCUCCUUUUUUUUCUGCAUAGGAAACUUUUUGCAGAUUCUUCUGAGAAUUGUCCAAGGAUGUAAAAUUCCUCAAGUCUCACAUGCUUCUGUGUAUUCUGCUUUCAGGAUGCUUUCUUGCAAAGACGACUUCUCAUGGGGAGGGGUCCAUCCUUGUUGCUGUAUGAAAAUCCCCCCCCAAAACUGGAAACAAACUAGACAGUGCUGUAAGCCUGUAAACAAAUUGGGCCAGAGAGAACUUAAUUUCUAGCCUGUUUUAGUGGGUUUAAAUGCUUGUAGUGACACAGAUGUUAAGUUUCAGAAUAUUUUGUGGUUGGUUGUCUGUCACUUUUGGUCCAGUUAGUGUUAGAAAUUGAGGCGAAGGUGAUGAUAUGCCAACUGUCCAAAGAUAAGUGAUAGGAGGAACAGGGGGAAAAGCCAGGUUUCCUUACUUGAUUUGAUUUUGUUUCCCUAUUGGGUUAGAUGUUGGAAUUGAAAUCCAGGAUCAUGGUGAGAAAGGCAGGGAUUUCCCAUCAAAGGGCAGGAAUGGCUGUAUGACAGGGAUUCUCCAGGCUCUGCGUGGAGGUGAUUUGGGGGCACCCUGUUAUUGAAAUGGCAGAUAGACCCCUGCGAUGGAUGGAGUUGAGUCUUGUGACUGCACCUCAGUAGCUUCUUGAACAGCUCGCUGUGCUCUGCUGAGACCCAGUGGCAUGCCCGUUUUCAGACCAUCUUAUCUUUUCGAAUGUUUCUUUAAUGAUUUCCCUCCCUUGCUCUUUCCUGCCCUCUGGAAUGGUGUGUUUGGGAUUGCCUCCUCCAUCCCAAAUCAUCCCAGUCUUUUCUGUAGCAAUAUUGUACUUGCAGAGGUGACCUCUGUCGAGCAGAAAUGGGCUUGCUGGCAUUUUGUCAAGCCAUGCUUGAGACCUUCAAUUUGCUUUAUUUUAAACUGGGUAGACUUUUGAGGCUGGCUUAGACUGUGGAACUGGGCAGUUGCCCUCGUACAUGUUUGACUGAUGGGAUUACACAGCAACAGUCUAUUCCUGGUGGGGGGAACAGACUCUGCUUUAUCUAGUGUUAGGCACUUGAAGGAGAGGAAAGAACUUUAAUUAAACAGACCUUCAAACUUUUCUUCCUACUGUUGACUUUUCAGUCAUGUGGGAUCUUUUGUGAUGCUGCUGAGUGUAGGAAGCACUUAAUUUUACUGCUUAGCUCUUUUCAGUAGACUAGCAUGUUAAUUUGGGUAUCUUUGGGUAUUACAUUUUCAGUAUUCAUAAUCACAUGUGAUCAAACUAGUGACUUAACUAUGGCUUCAGUAAUACCCAGCUUGUAAGUACUGGGUAGCAACUCCUCAGUAACAGUUGGGUGUUAAUGUGAUGGAUGUUACUAAGGAAGCAGAAGCUACUUUGCAGUGUUGGCUUGAGCAUAGCAAUGAGGGCGGUGCUCACCCUCUUCACCAAACACCUUAUUCCUGGUAAUUCCUCCAGCUUUCUCCCUUGUACAGUCAAGUCAUCCAGGGAGAAUUGCUAGUGCUCUCCUCGGGUGCUUUCUGUGAAUGCGGUAAAGAAGUGAGUCCACUUGUUUGGUUCCCUCAUCCGUGCUGCUGGUGUUAGUCCAAGGUAAGUAAAUUACCAAAGAAUAGUUAUUAGGUGUUUGUUCCUAGUCUCAGUUGUUAAUUUUCCACAUAGAUCCAUUUUUAAGAUUCACUGCAAGAGUGCCCAGUGAUCUCACUGGACUUAAGUCUGUCCACUAAUGUUACAUUGACAUUGUGGGUGACUCUUGUGACUCCCUUCAUGAGAGGGACUCCUGAACUUCAUUAUGGGGAUAUAUUUGCUGCCUCUGUUUCAAGUCUUUGGCAGCUUUUUGUAUCUUAAGGAUUAAGAAAGAUACUUAUGUAUCAGUUUAUCUUCUCCAGAAUUUCAUCCUUUUCCUUCACCUGAGUCCUUCCUUUGUACAUAGCUUGCAGCUGCAGAGUUAACAGAGUAAAGUUAUGAUCCAGCUAUAUCAAGUGGUGGUUUGUUGUCUUAAUUUCUGCUCCUCAGCUGAGAGGCACUUACUGACUUUGUGAAUUUAUGUCCCUCACCUGUUGCAGCUGUGAAAUAAAGCAGGUUUGCCUAGACCCUUCAUGGAGGUCACCUGUUUUGUUUGUUUGCAAGAAACCAAGAACAGAUAGGCUGUCAGUUGCUGCAUCCUGGCAAAGCAGCAGCAUCUUUCAGCAGCUAGGUGGGAGCUCUGAGAUCUGCUUGUGGUGGUCUGAUGCCCUCAUUUUCCGUAAACCCACUUUUCCAAGGUUCUUAAUUCACUUCUGUCGCAAUUGCUGCUAUGACUAAAUUACUGAACUGGGGUACAGCUUGUUCCUAGGAACACUGCUGCAGAGCUGUGUGUGAUGCAGGUGGAGCUGAUCCUCUGGCCAGCCUGGACUGAGUCCUGGACUCCCAUGCUAGCCAGGCACACACCUUCUAGCUUAAAGACAAGUGAAAAUACCCGUGUGCACCACUGGCCACCCCACAGCUACAGCCCGUGGUGUGACCUCAACUUAAAAUGCAUUUCUGGGUGUUGCAGUGCCUUCGGUAACUUACCUGAAAGUCUCUGAAGCACAGGCACCAGGAAUUUGUACAUGUUGCAGAGGAAGGAGAGUGGAAAGAAUACAGACACAUCUUGUCUGAAGGGAUCUCCUGCAUAUGCUCUCCCUUGCCUCUGCAAGCAGGCACUUUGGUGUGUGGUGAAGAUGGGCAAGAUGGCACAAGAGAAAAGGUGAAAGCCCAACAGUGUUUGGUAUUGCUCUCAGGACUCCUGAGGAAUUUAAAAACAUAGAGGGGAUACUUGUUCAUUGCUCAGGAGGUACCUGUGAAAGGGCUUAAUCAGAAACGUUUUCAGAGGGAUCAAGUAGAUAUCCCUGUCAUUCUUGUUUCUCCAUCUUAAUUUUCAAGGAUUUAAAAUAGGAAGUAUCUUUUUGCUUGUAAUGCUGGGUUUCUUUAUCAAAACCACAUGAUACUUGGCAAAUUGAAAGAAUGCUCUUGACAGAAAGGAACCUUCCCAACUAAAAAUUGAGUGCCAUUUUCUAGUAUCCUGCUGGGAGCAGUAUGAUCUAAGAAAGCACACACAGAUCUAAAACAGGGUGCCAGGGUUGACAGAGUUGGGAAAAUGUGGGCUGCCUGACCAUUUCUGUACCCAGAAAAACACCAAGUAAAACACUUGAUUGUAUACCAGUUGUGGUCAUUAGACUGAAGCUGAGAGGGUGUGUGAACCCUUGCAACAUAGUGCAAAGUUUCUAUAGUCCUAGAUGUUGACUGUUUGACCUCAGAACAAAAAUCUAGGAGUCAAUACAUUCUUUUCUUAGGAACUGCUUUUCUAGAUUUCCUUGUUAAAAGGGAAAAUUCAGGUGCUGAAUCUUAAAAUCUCAUUAAACUUGUACUUUUUAUUGCCCAUUCAACUGGUCUCCUUUCCUUUUCAAGGCCUCCCACAGUCUCAGGGUAUAUAAAUCACUAUGACUCAUCCAAAUAAUACCGAAACGGACCAACCAGAGGUUAAUGUGCCUUCCUCUUCUGGUACCUUGAUCUUCGUAAAGUUAUCUCACAAACGCAUAACUGUCUUAGGGCUGGGUACAUGCAUUGUCUUUUUCUAAGAUGUACGUUUUGAAGUUGCAAGAGGUUUGUACUGUUACUUGUGACUUAUUCCAUUUGUUUUAGGAUGUGGUGUCUACACAAAUCAAUGCACUGGUUUGUUUUGGGAUCAGUCUUACCUGUGACAUCUAUCAGUGCUUGCCUGUAUGUUAAUGUGUACACAAAUGCUGGAUGUUCCCCAUUGCCUGUGAUGUACUUGUAUAUGAUGCACAAACUACACAAGGUGUUUUAAAACGUGCAGUGAUCACAACUUGUUUUCUGAGACUAGGAUGUCCUACAGUGAACUGUUUUUAAUGUUUUUUUCCCAAAUAUAUUUAAUAAGUUCUAAAGCCUUGGGGGGGAAAAAAAUAACUGGGACUUGCUGGCUUUUUUUCUGAAUCCAGGGUCUGAUGCUUGAUAACAACUCUUGCAAUUCCACCCAUUUAAGCAGAGCCUUUCUCAGCUUGCAGUUUCUGUCGUGAGCUGUGUCAGAAACAGCACUGGAUCCUGAACUAUCUCAGAAGCUGUCAAGUGAAGUAGUAACAGCUCUCUUUAAAUGUUACAGUGCACAUUUUUAACUAAGGUAAAACUGUUCAAAAUUAUUGAUGCAGCUUGCAAAUGGAACAGUGGGAAAUCACAGAUAGUAUGCAAAACCAGCCUGUCUGCACAUGGGGCUCAGUGUUCAGAAUUACCUUGCAAAUUGUUUCUCCUCUGAAAAGUGAUUUUUUUUUUUUUUUAAUACGAAGACAUUACAUGUUUGGCUUUUUCUGAAUUGGCAAAGGAAACCUUUGUUCUUAAACUCAAACUGACAUCUGGAAUUUGGGCUGAGUUUCUGUCCCUAAUGCAGAUAGCAGAGGAUGGCGUGAUUGAUACAAGAUGUCCCUUCCCAGCUGUAAGGUGAAUUUCAUCAUAAGAGCAUGGAAACAGGAACACUUCUUCACUCGCUGUGGCCUUCAAUGGGCAUGCAUAUCCGUAAUUAACUGAAGUACAGUACUGCCUUCUGUUGAUCCAUGAGGCUAUCUUUGUUUUUAGAAUCGGCAUGAUUAGUCAUCAGUGUAUUGACAUUAAUAUGCGGUCAAGGAGUUCUAAUGUACGUGUAUUUCCUGUGCUAGCUGUAUCCGUUCUCUCUGUACCCCAGUACAGGGUUAAUCUGGAGUUCUCUUUUUAGUUCUUGCUAACUUCAGAUUUUUUUCAAAUUCAGUAAGGUCCUCUUCUGUCACAGUCACUUUUCAGAGUAGAACAGAUGGCUUUAACUUUGUUUUGUAACCUUCAGCACCUUCCUCUUCUCCCAUUCUUCCUAGUUCGCCUUUAACAAUCAGUUCAAAGCUGAAAAAUAUUGAGUCAUAAUAAAAAGAAAACCUGUAGCCUACUGCAGAAAGAUCACUCUCUGCUUUUACCAUAAACUUCAGUGGCUGGCUGGCUGCCUCAGAAGUGGAGACUCCACUCCUGUGCAGUCUACAGAAGGUGAAAUUCUCUUGCAUCUGUGUUGUACAGUGGAUGUCAGCAGAUCAGGAAGUGGAGCUGCCCUGCAUCUGCACCUGGUGUGUUUAUUAAACUGAUCAGUGGUGGUUUAGUCUACCAGAGCACUGGCAUCUUUGGCUGCUACUCAAUGUCAUAACUAAAGAUUUCAUUAAGGGCAAAGCCAGGAGGGUGCAUCACUGACUUUCUGCUGACUUGAUCCCAUUUAAAGGCUUUCUCCACAGAUUUUUUUUUUUUUUGUCUUUUGCAUAUUUGGUGGAUUAUGAAAAAAAUGUGCUAUAGUAGGGCUAUGAGCUAAACUCUAACCCUGUGCUCAAAAGGCAAAAGUUACUAUAAUGAGCUUUGGCCAGCAGUAAUGCCCAGGGGCUGGCUAUGCUCGGUGAUGAGCUGGUAAUGGAGUGUUUGAGCAAUGGAAGCCUUGAGGGUUUGCUCCAUCAUGCUGUAUGCUUAUGUGGCUGCAGAUUAGUUGCUCCAGAGUUUGUGAAACUGCUGGUCAUCCCUCUUCAGAUGAGAUGUGAAGAUGGCAUGGGGAAGAACCAGUUUCCUCAGUGAUCACUCACUCUCACCCUCAUCACUCAGGGUUACCAAUGCACUUGUCUCUCUGUUUUCUUGAUUGACUGUGACUAGCGUGCUUUACGGCUGCCACCAGCCACCUCCAUGAGCUUCCUGCUGUGAUGGAGUGAAAAGGGCCUUGUCUGUAGCUCCUUCCACCUGGUUUGUUGUUGAUGUACAGGGGUGUUAACAGGCCAGCUAGGAUUUACAGCUUCAGUUAGCUGCUCUGUGCUUUGCUCUCAGUGCAGGUGUGAUAGUGGGGCCAUUGUGACAAGGUCAGGAUACGUAACUUCUAACGGGCUCUGUCACUCUUGCUCAAAAUGCUGUGUCUCCAUUCUCAGCCUCUCGUCCUGGCCUCGCUCCCAUCUUGCCACCCUCUACCCCUUGGGACUCGAGCAAGUUCCCUGCCCUCUGACAGCUUACUAGUUCAGGUACCAGUUCUGCAAAGCCUGGGGGCACCUCUUAAAGCCCUAUGACAGUUUGAGACUUCUACACUCACUUAGGCAGCAGCUUGCUGAGUUGUGGCCUUGCUCACAGUCUUCCUAUUCAUUUGACUCAGCCCUGGAUAUCUCCCUGGACUGGUAUCGCCCUUUCAGUCUGAAAGGCUUUGUUCCAACCUCAUUCCUGCUCCAUGAAGGAGUUGAUUGCUGUACUGCUGGCUGUUUCAGUUUGGUGGCUUUUAUUUUUCUCAUCGUUUCUUCUGGGGUUCACUGUGCAUGUACAAAAUUGUACUGACUUUCUCAGCUUUCCUGAAUGUGGUACAGGGGCCCACCCUGAGAGGCACUGGAAUUACUUGUCUACUUCCAAGGUGCACAGAAACAAGGAUGUCUUACACAAACAAGUUUUAGGGAGGAAAAGCAGCUGCAUACACACAAGUGAAAAGGUAUCUCUGGAUGGAAUAGGUGAGGGAGCAGUUUAAGAAUUUUAAAGAGAACAGUAACUGAGGUUUUGGUUUCUUUUUUAAAAAUUGCUUUAACAGUAGGUUUGUCUGUGUUCUAAUCCACAGAAAGUUGCAAUGUAAACUGGGGUUUUCUGUUCAUCAAUGCAAAAUGUGCCUCUCAACUAUAAUGCAAAAGUCAGUCUCUGUCUCUCUGUUUGUAGUGGAAGAAGUUUAACCGAAGACUGAUCUAAUGUGUUUCUUGCUCUUUCAUGUAAUCAUCCACACAACAGUCCUUGCUGGUCUUUCCCAAGCACCAUAUAGCACUAUCCCUAUUUAAAAGCAAAACAGGGAUUGCAUUGAGCGGUGGAACCUGCUGAACUUCCUUGGUUUGAGAGAGACACGGGAGAGAAGAGUCCAGGUUCCAUGUGUUUUAAAUACAACUUUAAACCAAUGCAGCUACUCUCUCAGAUCAGCACCACUUCCUACCUUUCCCUCCAUUUAGGUGGGAAUUUAAAAGUAAACCCAGCAAUAUGUGAUCCAGGUGACAUGCUUGCAGGUGGAAUAUGGGGUUUUUGAAAUUUGAGGAUUAAGAUUUCUCUUGUGGAAGAACUCGGUGCAAGAGCUUGGAUCUCGGAUUACAACUCUUCUGCCAGCUUGCUAAAUGCAAUCAAGUACUCUGGACUCUUCUGAAGAUGACUGUGGUAGAAGAGCUGUGAAGGUGUAGGCUGGAACUGAUCAUUUUAGGUCAUCUGCGUGUUGCUUGACUACAUGGACAAUGUAACAGUGAUUUUUACAGAUUGCUUUCCAUGUGUCAGUCACAAAUAACUCUUAAUUUGCCGUUUGGAGAAAAACUGUGAAUAGAUACAUUUCCAGAUCAAAUUAAGAGCCUGAUUUUCCAUCUUGCAUUAACCGGGUUACUGUGUUCACAUGCCAGAAAGAUGUUGCUCUUUGAAAAAGCAUGUUAGUGUAUGUGGCAAUGACCCAUGCACUUUUUAAAUACCUAGAUCUGUACAUUCUCACCUGAGUAUCGUUAACCAUGCUGUAAUCUGACAAAUGGAUCUUUUAUUACUGCCCUGUUCUAUAGAUAAUUGUAAUUAAUUGCAGUUUGUUUUUUCCACUACUUGAAGUUGUGUGAUUGGAAAAUUGGUGAACAAAAAGUAUUUGUGCAUCUUAUUAUGGGUAUCUCUAAAUAAAAUGUAUUUGUAUAGUG